AGAUAACUGUCAAGAGUAGGAAAUCAUUAACGUGAAUCUACAGUUGACACAUCAAAAUGAUAACAUGAGCUGGUAUGAACAGGAGUUUCCAAGGGCUGUUGGUUUGAUUUCUGGUUUAAUUGUCUGUAUAUUGUGUGGAGUAAGUAAACGAUUUGUGUAGUGGGAUUUUUUUUAAACGCAACUAAGAAAAUAAUUGUAAUAAUUUUAAAUAAGAAUGUGUCGUGAUAUCUGAAAAGGCAAUUGGUUUCCUUGAUCGCUGUUGCGUGAAGACUAUAUCUGGAAAAUAACAUUGUUGCCAUUUUUUACAUUUAGAUCGCAAGGUUAAUUUGAUUUAGCCGGUUUACUUUAGGGAGAGUUGCAUGGACUGUUUACCUGUCAACGUGUCACACCUGUGUAACAUAGGUCCGGGUGUCAGUUUAGACACAUAAACAGGUGUGACUCUCUUUGCUUCUGGUAAGCACUUCUAAUGCCUGGUACAUAUCUAUCGAAUACACCUCGGUAUCUGGUUACUUGAAAUUAUAACAUUCCUUCAACUAUUUAAUAGUUUUGGCUGUAAGUGCACAUAUCAAAGCGCACAUUGUACAUAGUCACUCGUAUGACAUCUUAUGAGAGUACUAAUAGUAUACUAAUAGUCCUGUUUUGGUGUUGAGAUAUAGAGAUGGUGUGUAAGUGGUCAAGAUUCAGCAACCUACUAGCAUGAUUUCAUGAUGCUCUUUGUACCUAUGGAUGAUAAAGUGGUAAAUCCAAAACGUGAUUUAACAUGAUCUCAGAGGUAUAACAGUAUGGUGUAGUUUCUUAGGUGUGUUGUUAGUUUGAGCAGUGUGGACAGUGGUAAUGACUAGGUAUUUGCUCUGUGACUGACCGAGAGCCAAGCAGUAGUUUUGUGUGUAUUGCUGCGAUCUUGCCCACCUACCACAAUGUUACUGUUCUCAUUGAUGCUACUUGGAGCAUUAUGCAGCCUCGGACAGGCCAUGUCACGGGAGGAAAAGACCAAGUUGAGGAACCAAGUGGUCGAGAUGUUCGACCAUGCAUAUCAGAAUUAUAUGGACCAUGCAUAUCCAGCAGAUGAGCUGAUGCCACUUACAUGCAGAGGAAGAGUGCGUGGGCUUGAACCCAGUCGAGGUGACGUAGACGACGCUCUGGGAAUGUUCUCUCUGACCCUCAUAGACACUCUGGAUACUCUGGUGCUUUUGAACAAGACGACAGAGUUUGAGGCUGCCGUGAGAAGAGUGCUGACCGAUGUGAGGCUGGACAACGACAUUGUGGUGUCGGUAUUCGAAACCAACAUACGAGUCCUUGGAGGUCUGUUGGGAGGGCACUCCAUGGCUGUGAUGCUGAAGGACGGAGGUCAACACAUGCAGUGGUACCAGGAUGAGCUCCUGCAUAUGGCCAAAGAGCUGGGCUUCCGACUGCUGCCAGCCUUUAACACCAGUAGUGGCCUGCCGUAUCCCAGGGUGAACUUGAAGCACGGUGUCAGGGGUCCUGAGACGAGAACAGGCACAGAAACAGACACCUGCACUGCGUGUGCAGGAACCAUCAUCCUGGAGUUUGCUGCCUUAAGUCGCUUCACUGGGGAUCCUGUGUUUGAGGCCCAUGCCCGGAGAGCUUUGGACUUUCUGUGGGAGAAGAGACAGAGAAACAGCAACCUGGUGGGAACCACCAUCAACAUCCACUCUGGAGAGUGGGUCCGCAGGGACAGCGGAGUAGGAGCGGGAAUUGACUCGUACUAUGAAUACCUGCUUAAGGCUUACGUCCUCUUGGGAGAUGACCUCUUUCUGGAGCGGUUCAAUAUUCACUAUGCAUCUAUAAUGAAGUACAUUAGCCAGCCUCCACUGCUGCUGGACGUCCACAUCCACAAACCUCUCCUUCCCGCUCGCACCUGGAUGGACUCUCUCCUGGCCUUCUUCCCUGGACUGCAGGUGUUGAAGGGAGAUAUUCGUCCGGCCAUCGAGACGCAUGAGAUGCUGUAUCAAGUUACAAAAAAACACAACUUUCUCCCAGAGGCCUUCACUACUGAUUUCAGGGUACACUGGGCCCAACAUCCCCUGAGGCCUGAGUUUGCAGAGAGCACCUAUUUCCUUUACAAGGCCACAGGAGACCCUUACUACCUGGAGGCAGGUCGCACCAUCCUGGACAACCUCAAUCGCUUUGCUCGUGUUCCCUGCGGCUUCGCUGCAAUGAAGGAUGUACGCACCGGGAGCCACGAGGACAGAAUGGAUUCGUUCUUUCUUGCUGAGAUGUUCAAAUACCUCUUCCUGCUGUUUGCUGACGCCGAGGACUUACCGUUUGACGUGGAGGACUACAUCUUCACAACCGAGGCACACCUGCUGCCCCUGUCCCUCUCCACAGCCCCUCACGCUUCAUCUCUUUCCUCAAACAGAACGUCUGAGGAGCUGGACGACUCUAACUUCGAUUGGACCUGCCCUAACACUCGCCUCCUGUUUCCUGACCCCGCCUUCCCUCAAAACCUGAGAGAACCAAUCCGCAGUGCUGUGGAUAAGAGCUGCCCCCGUCCCGCUCCUUACCGGGAGCCCGGUAUGGGUCGACCUCCCCUGAGGGCUCAGGACUUCAUGGCAAACAACCCUGAGCAUCUUGAGCUGCUGAGGAGAAUGGGAGUCAGUCUCAUCCACCUGAAAGAUGGCAGGGUGCAGCUGGUCCAGCAUGCUACACAGGCGGUGAGUGCGGUUGCAGCAGAGGACGGCGUGCGCUUCAUGCAGGAGAUGAUGGAGCUGUCCAGCCAGCAGCAGAAAGAGCAGCUGCCUCCCAGAGCCAUUCAGAUCGUCUCACAUCCAUUCUUUGGCAGGGUUGUGCUGACCGCCGGCCCAGCACAGUUUGGCAUAGACCUGUCCAAAAGUUCCACAGGAGUACGAGGCUUUGUGAUUGUGGCCGAACCCUACAGUGGCUGUAGCGAGAUCACCAACGCGGAGUAUGUCCAGGGCCACAUCGCUCUGCUUCAGAGGGGUCAGUGUAUGUUUGCAGAGAAGGCCCGACACAUCCAGAAGGCCGGCGCCAUCGGAGGCAUAGUCAUCGACGACAACGAGGGCAGCAGCAGCGACACAGCUCCCCUGUUUCAGAUGGCCGGGGACGGCCGCAGCACAGACGACGUCACCUUGCCCCUCCUCUUCCUCUUCCACAAGGAGGGCAACAUCCUGUUGGAGUCGCUGAAGGAGUACAGGGAGGUGGAGGUGCUGAUGAGCGACAAGGCCAGAGACAGAGCAACCAUAUUCAAAGGUAAACCUCUUCCUGGCAGCCUCAUUGAGGGCAGUGCGGAUGUGCAAGAAGCGGAGGGAGGCUGCUUAACCGAGGCAACAACCCCCACCUCAUUUGAGCCCAUUGCACAAUCGCAAAUGAGCACCUUGGAGCUUGACGAAUUGGCUCCUGAGGACGUUACUCCAUUGCAGGAGGACGUCAGUCCUGUAGAUCAAGACACUAGUCCGACAGAGGAAGUUAGACCUCCAGAAGAGGAAGCUAGUCCUGCAGAGGAAGUAAGACCUCCAGAAGAGGAAGCUAGUCCUGCAGAGGAAGUAAGACCACCAGAAGAGGAGGCUAGUCCUGCAGAGGCUGAUUCGGCACAGCCCAAAGAGGAGAGAGACUCUGAGAAGAGAGAGGAGCCUGAAGGCGACACAGACUCAAGCAGCCAGUCAGUCGAUGAACUGCUGGCUGAUUGGCGGGAAGACUUGGAGGCGUUUCAGCAGAUGGAGAAGGACGAGCUCUGACAGUCGUCAGGCGUGUCGUGCCCUGUGACUGCGGUUUGAUCCCACUGUGGGGAGAAACCUGAAGGGGGACGCAUCUUCACAAGUCACGAGUCUCAGUCUGGUGAACUCAAAGGAAGAUGGGGAAACGUCUAUCAUGACCGUUUGUUCUCUGUGGAUGGUAACAUGUGCCAAGGCAGCCCACAUACUGCAUCUCUGGACCAUAGGGAGUCCUGUUUAGCCUGGUAGUUUAUGGAUGAGAGACCAGGGUUCUUACCUCAUUUUCUCAUGCAGUUAGUUUUAUCUGUCAUAACAAACCCUUAAUGAAAUGACAUGAGCCAGGCUGUGUGCACCAGCCUCUCACGUUCCCAUCUGAGCUACUUCUCACACGGUUUUUCUCUCUAUGCAUUGGUCCAACUACUAAUUAAUCCAUCGACCAAUUAAUUUUAAUAUAAAUGUGAUGAUUUGUGAUGAAACAUUGACGUUUUGGGCUUAACCAUAUGUACACAUUGAUGUGCGUUAAGGACUUAAUUCACGUGGGGGUUGGUGACAUCGACUAGGAUGCAGGAUCUUUUUCAUGGCUUCGUGGUAGAGUAACAACACCAAACUUGAUCUCUGUGCAGGAUAUAUGACGUCAUCGGUCAAUAUAAAUAUAUAUUUGUCAAGAUGUAUUGACUGAAACAAUAAAGCGCUGCUCAGGUUCUCCCCACAAACAACAACCUCUGGACCACAUCGGGUGGAGCAGACACCAUCAGCAGCGUGGUGGGCUGGAUUACACGCCUAUAGGCGGCCACAGGGGGGCGCUGUGAGAUCUGUCUGUCAUGCUUAGCUGUUGACUGAUUGAAAGGAGCAGAAAUAAGCCAUUAAAUUAACAUGAUAAAUGAAUUAAAUAAAAAAUGAAGGGGGAAAUUGGGAAGACUGGCCUGAUGAUUAUUUGUGCUAUUUUAACACUGAAUGUUAAAUUAAACUGUUGCAGUUCAUUAAAAAUAAAAUGAUGUAAAGGAGA